CAAAGAUAACAACAACCAAGCAAAUAAGGAAAAGAAACAACACUUUGCAGUUUCAACUUUCAAGGACCGUCACCGUCAAACAUGGAGGUUUCCGGCACCGUUCUCCGUCAUACAACCUACAUCUGCGGAGCUAGUUCCCACCCCAACUACCGUGGCGUGGUUCCACAGAGAGACGUUGUAAGAGUGAGAAUGGUGAUGGAAUCUGGUUUCCGUGACGAGGGUCACGUGAUGUAUUACCAGGACAUGAAAAACAGAGAACCUGUUAUCAGCACCAAGAAGAAGUUGAAAUUGCUCAAACGUUUGUCAAAAGACUUCCCUCAAUUAGGGUUUGCUUCGAUGCAGGGUGGUGGUGAGGAAUUACUGAGAGAGCUAGAGAAAGUAAGAGCAGAGGAGAAGGAAUUGAAGAAAAAAAUGAAACAAGAGAAAAAGGCUAAACAUAAAGCCUCCAAGAUGAAAACUUGUGAUGAAUCUUCUUCGUCGUCAUCGUCUGAAUCUGAGUCAAGUAACAGUGACUGUGAUGAGGUGGUUGACAUGAACAACUUCAGAGGAGCUGGUGUUGCCACAAAGCCAGUGGAUGAAUUGGAAUUGCAGACAAAUAUUGAUGUUGAAGAGUCCAAUCCACAUCAUCAUGUCAUGGAUUUGUGUUCUACAAAUGAUGCUUCUCUUGUCGUUGCUAUUAACAAAGAUGCUAAUGUGGUUAUCCCUACAGCUCAAAAGAGGAUUGAGGUGUGCAUGGGUAAUAAAUGCAAAAAAUCAGGGGCUGCGGCAUUGUUACAAGAGUUUGAGAAGGUGGUGGGUGUUGAAGGCGAUGGCUCUGUUAUUGGAUGUAAGUGUAUGGGGAAGUGUAAAAGUGCUCCUAAUGUGAGAAUUCAGAAUUAUGUGGAUCAUGGCAUGGCUCAGGGACUUGAUGAUUCUGUUAAGGUUCCAAGCAACCCUCUCUGUAUUGGGGUUGGUUUGGAGGAUGUGGAUACUAUUGUGGCUAGGUUUUUAGGGGAGAAUCAUAAAGAUAUGGAUAUGGCUGCUGCAACUUCUUGAUGAACAAGAGCUGUAGAAAUGGCUAGCUAGUGUGCUGAUUGUAUAUGUGCAGUUCUUAGCAUGGAGGAGGAAAUAUCAUUAUCGCUUCUUUCUUAAGUUGUUAAUAACUUUAUUUUGUAUAAAAGUUAGUUAAGUAUUAUGGAUUUUCAUUUCCUUUAUUUAUUGGGAAUUUAGUUCGAGUUGCUUCUAUCCUACUGUUCUACAACUUGCCUUUCGGUUUAUGUAAAGUGUAUCUAUUUAUAAAUUGAUUAAAUAGAAAGCAUACUUAUGAAUGAAACUAUUAUGCCA